AUGGACGAUAAUGGAGAAAAACCACCAAUAAUUAAUGGAGAUGAAAAAGUUGCAUUCUACAAAUUGUUUAGUUUUGCAGAUAGAGUUGAUAUUGCACUAAUGAUCAUUGGAACUAUUGGAGCCAUUGAUGAAGGAUUAACUCAACCUUUGAUGACCCUCAUUUUUGGAAAAAUGAUUAAUUCUUUCGGUGCUGCUUCAUUUUCUAAUGAGGUUCUUCAUAAAGUUUCAAAGGUACUUCUGCCUCUAAUUUUUCUAAAUGUAUCGCUUCUUGUGUAUCUGUUUCUUCAGAUGUCAUGUUGGAUGGUUACUGGAGAGAGACAAACGACCCGAAUUCGGGGACUGUAUUUGAAGACAAUAUUGAGGUAAGACAUUGCCUUCUUUGACACUGAAACAACAACUGGAGAAGUCAUUGGAAGAGUGUCUGGUGACACUAUUCUCAUUCAAGAUGCCUUGGGAGAUAAGGUAGGGAAGUUCAUUCAGCUUCUCACAACAUUUGUUGGAGGCUUCAUAGUCGCCUUCAUAAAAGGAUGGCUUCUCUCCCUAGUCUUGAUUUCUUGCAUACCAGUUCUUCUCAUUUCAGGGGGAGCCACGGGAUUGGUCAUGUGCAAAUUGUCAAGUCGCGCACAAGUUGCCUAUGCACAAGCUGGAAAUGUAGUUGAGCAAACUGUAGGAGCAAUCAGAACAGUUGCAGCAUUCAAUGGAGAAAAGCUGGCGAUAAAUAAGUAUGACAACAUAUUAAAACUCGCCUAUGCUUUUACUGUCCAACAAGGCUUUGUUUCAGGAGUUGGACUUGGCACAUUCUUACUCAUUCUUUUAUCUACUUAUGGACUUACCAUUUGGUAUGGCUCUAAACUGAUAAUAGAAAAAGGUUAUCAUGGUGGAGAUGUCAUCAACGUUCUCAUGGCUAUAAUGAUGGGUGGAAUCUCACUAGGCCAAGCAACACCAUCGUUAAAUGCAUUUGCAGCAGGACAGGCUGCAGCGUACAAAAUGUUUGAGACAAUCAAUAGGAAACCUCUGAUUGACUCAUCUGACACGAGCGGGAUAGUGUUAGAAGACAUCAAGGGUGAAGUUGAGCUUAAAGAUGUGUAUUUUAGUUAUCCAGCCAGGCAAGAUGUGCAAAUAUUUAGUGGAUUCUCACUUGUCGUUCCUAGUGGCAAAACUGUAGCUUUGGUUGGGCAAAGUGGCAGCGGAAAGUCCACUAUAAUCAGUUUACUCGAGAGGUUCUAUGAUCCUGAAGUUGGAGAAGUACUCAUAGACGGUGUCAAUUUGAAGAAAUAUCAACUCAAAUGGCUAAGGCAACAGAUGGGAUUAGUAAGCCAAGAGCCUAUCCUGUUUGCGACUACCAUAAAGGAAAAUAUCAGUUACGGCAAAGAAAACGCUACUGAAGAAGAGAUUAACGCAGCUAUUGAGCUUGCUAAUGCUGCUAAUUUCAUCAGCAAACUACCCCAGGGGCUAGAUACUACGGUAGGUGAGCAUGGAACACAACUAUCUGGUGGUCAAAAGCAAAGACUGGCAAUAGCAAGGGCUAUUCUAAAGAACCCAAAAAUACUUCUCCUCGAUGAAGCUACAAGUGCACUUGAUGCUGAAUCAGAGAGAAUUGUACAAGAAGCACUGGAGAAAGUCAUGGUGAAAAGAACAACUGUGGUUGUUGCUCAUCGUCUAACAACCAUUAGACUAACUUCUGAUGUUGGAACUACUCUAAAUUUUGUUGGUGGAGAUAUUGAACUCAAACAUGUGAGUUUCAGGUAUCCAACUCGCCCGGAUGUCCAAAUCUUCAAGGAUUUAUGUUUAACUAUCCCUUCUGGAAAGACUGUUGCUCUGGUAGGGGAAAGUGGAAGCGGGAAAUCAACUGUUAUUAGCCUAAUAGAGAGGUUCUAUAAUCCUGAAUCAGGAGAAAUACAUUUGGAUGGUGUGGGAAUCAAACAAUUCAAGUUGCGUUGGCUAAGACAACAAAUGGGCCUGGUGAGUCAAGAACCAGUAUUAUUUAACGAGAGAAUUCGUGACAACAUUGCCUACAGCAGACAAGGGAAAGCAACAGAAGAAGAGAUCAUUCAAGCAGCAAAAUCAACAAAUGCACACAACUUUAUAUCCUCAUUGCCUCAAGGAUAUGAUAAAUCGGUUGGGGAAAGAGGGAUACAAUUAUCGGGUGGACAAAAGCAAAGAAUAGCUAUUGCAAGAGCAAUACUGAAGGAUCCAAAGAUCCUUUUGCUAGACGAGGCAACAAGUGCAUUAGAUGCAGAAUCGGAGCACACAGUACAAGAAGCAUUGGAUCGAGUAAUGGUAAACAGGACGACUGUGGUUGUAGCUCAUCGUUUAACCACAAUCAAAGGGGCUGAUGUCAUUGCUGUUGUGAAGAAUGGAGUCAUUGCUGAGAAAGGAAGACAUGUUCUUAUGAAUAUAGAAGAUGGAGUUUAUGCAUCCUUAGUAGCAUUGAGUAUGACUUCAGCUUGA